ACUAAUAGAAAGUCUGCUUAGAUAGUUAGGGUAUAUGAUACUGGUGAUUUUGGAAAAGCAUGUGUUAUUUUCUAAAAUCUUAGUGGGGCAGGAGAUAGCUUUCACUUUACUUUUUCCCUUAUAAGUUGAUGCCAAUGUAAGAUUAUCCUUUGGAUUAUCUCUCUUCUAUUCUCUGUUUAUUCAUUUUGACUAGGUCUGAACAAUGAGUUCCUCCCAUUUUCAGCCUAAAUACAUCCAGAAUCUGCUUAAAAAGGCAGAAAAGCGACAGAGGGAACAGGAAAUAGUAUAUGAGAAAAAGCUGGCUAAAGAGAGGAGCAAAGACGAUCACCUCUAUGCUGACAAGGACAAGUUUGUAACAAGUGCGUACAAAAAGAAACUUGCAGAGCAAGCAAAAUGGAUGGAGGGGGAGCGGCUACGGCAAAUGCGAGAAGAGAAAGAUGAUGUAAUCAAGAAGAAAGACUUGAGUGACUUCUAUUUCAAUCUUGAGAAAAAUGUCGCAUUUGGUGCUAGUGCACUUGAGUCAGGAAAAAUGGAGAAACAUGCCGAGUCGAAGAAGCCUGAGAAGCACGUUGAGUUACAAACGCCUGAGAAGCACGAAGAGAAAAUGAAUGUCAACAUAUCUGGAGAAGGUCCUUCAUUGAUCACCACAAACUCUCAUGCAGAACCUUCUAGAACGCCAGAAGGGCUUCACGCUGAAGCCUCUCCUGACUCUAAGAAGAGUUUUGAAGCUAUCCAUGAGAAACGGGUUACUGAUGAUACUUCUGCACAAGAAAAAUCUGAGCCCUCCUCCUCUGAUCAACCGCCGCCUGACCAUCAUAAAAGAAGUCAGGAUGCUCUUGCUGCGGCUAAAGAGCGCUUCUUGGCACGGAAGAAGGCUAAAGAACAAUAAUGGCUCAAGCAAUCACCAGCUCGCUCAGUGGAGCAAGGCUUGGGGGUUUUGUGUAUGUUUCUUAUGUGACUUACAGUUAGUAUACAACCGGUCAUGCAUGUUCUUCCAUGAUGGUUCAUUAUCUGAUGUUCAAUUUCACCUCGAACCAUUGCUUUUGGCAUGGAAAAUGGUUACCCCGAGGAGUCAAUAACUUAAUUGUCUCCCUGGAACCUGCUGGCGGCUUCAGUAG